AUAAAGGCAACGCAAUUCCCGCCACCGUAAGCCAGUAGGAGAAGUAAAGCCAAUUCGAGCAAAAGCAACAGAUUUAUAAUCUCAUCAAAGACUCGCGCGGGGCAUAUGAAUGUGGUUCAUCCCACACGUUUCAAGAAAUCAAUUAACUUGAUCGGAAAUAUGAUGCAACUUCAAAUAUCCUGCGUUUUAUUGCUCUCGGUGGUGAGUGUUUUGGCGCAAUACAGACACCAGUGGCCACACUCGUACGGUCCUUCUACAGCAUCUUACAUAAUAUCGCAUAAAAUUCCAGCGAUCGAAGAAUUUAAGAGAGGAUGGAUGGGUUUCUAUGAAUACCGUCCCAUUUUCAGUCGAAUACUUUUCGGUAGUAGUAUUCCUGAUUCAGCCGAGAUGUGGAAACCGGCCGGUGCUGGUGAAAAUUUUUACAAAGGACAGCCUGGUAGACCAGCAGCUCAUUUAUUACCGGUCUACAAUCCUCCAUCGAUGGUUCCAGAUGUCGGGGAAUCGGAAGGAUUUCAAAAUUGGAAGAAGGAACUUUUCGGCCCGUCCAAGCAGAUUGAAUUACAGCAGCAAAGAUUUCCACCUGGAAAUUCCGACAGUCACGAAUUUGAGGAAAUUGUGCCCGAUAAUAUUAACUUCGGAGCUCAGGACGAUGAUUCCAUUCACAUAAAAGAUGAUUUCAACACGACGUCAGUUGUAAAUGUGGUAAAUGAAGACGAUAAAGGCAUCGACAGCGAGGAAAAGGAGGGGAAAAAUCACUCAAUGGAGGAGCCAGAAAACCCAGACAAAAAUGUUGUCCUGGACGACGAUGGAAAAUCUGAAUAUCCAGCUACUAGCCCAGAAUUAGUUGAACUGAAUCCAGAAAAAAUAACUUCUGGCGAAGUCUCAGAAGAUGUUGCUGAUCCUGAAGUGUCUAAUAAGAGUCCUUCAGAUCCCGGAUCGGAACCGGCAGAAAUACAUUGGAAUCCUUGGAAAAGUGCCUUUGAUUAUCCAUCAAGCAACGAAAAACGCCCAGCAACAGAUUUCUUUCACAGCGAUAACAGACAAAAGUCCAGCAGCGAAGUUCCUGAUCCCGUCAAAUUCGCUACACAAGACCCAUUCUCUAAAUGGUGGAAUUCAGCAGAGGAAUUUAGUGUCUUUUCCGAUGAUGAUACUCCUGGUCUUUCGGAAUCGUCAGAAGCAGUUGCUGAUCCUAAACCGUCGAUUUCCCCUGUACCCAGCACCACAACGCCGGAGCCAAUCUACAAAUUCGGCGAUCAGUCUGUUUCCGAUGGACCGAAAACUGUCUAUAAGCAUAAUUAUAGGAAAGUGACGAUAGAUAAGAAUAAAAGGCCACAAGUGCAAACCGCAUAGUAUUGAAACAACGCAUAUAUGUUUGAACCAGUCACAUUUUUGCCAGUCAAAAAUUAUAAUACUAUUUGCUAUGCAUUAUUAUCUCGUGUAAGCCAAGAAUGGAUUUUGAAAGUCUCAUUAACAUAUCCUAAUACAAUUCUAACCUUAUAAACUGUGGAAAAAAAUGUUAAAAUUGUUUUACAUUUUAUGGAUAUUGAAUUGUAAGAAUUUUCCAAUAAAAUAAUCCCCUGCUAA